AUGAAACUUGCUAAAUGGAACUUUUCGAGUAAAUCUGACUUGUUUUUUUCUUUUUUUCAUUUAAGAAAAAAUAGGAUAUGUUCCUUAAAUACCUUUUCUUUUUUAUCGACAAAGAUUAACAAGACAUUGUUAACAUCUGAAGAAGGUUUAACGAAUUUAUUUUUUCUUCAUCCAUUAAGUUCAACAACGAAAGAAGUAAAUAUGAAUACUUAUAAAAGUUCAACCUUAUUUUUUAAUAAUUUCAUGUUGUAUGAUUCUAAAGAUGAACAGUCAUCUAUCUUAAGAAAACAAUCCAUCCAGGAAUUACUUUUUAAAAAUAAAAAAACCAAGUUAGCUCUAAGAAGAAAAAGGAAGAGGAUGGGAGAACGUAUUAGUUUAAGAUAUAGAUAA